AUGAGUCAGGCCAACUUGGCGGAGCGAGCGAAAGAAGUUCGAGAGGAAGAAAAGAAAACCCUCAAGGACUUGAAGAACCUCUUUCUGAAAUUGGACGCAGAUGGAAGCGGCCAGGUCUCCUUCGAAGAGUUUGAUGCCGCCUUCAGAAUUCCGGAAAUCAGGUACAAGUUUGUUGUCUUGGGCUUUGAUGAAGAAGAAGCCAAGCGUCUUUUCAAGGUCCUGGAUGCGGAUGGUGAAGGAGAACUCAGUGUGUCUGAGUUCACCAAAGGUAUGGCAGAAGUCAAGGGUGAGGCGACCGCGAAGGGCAUGCUCAUUGCGAAGAAGAAGGCUGAAAAGUUAGAGAAGCUCUUGGUGAAAUUGCUGCCCGAAGAUGCUGAUGGAGGUGUGGAGACCCAGGUGCUUGAGGAAGCAGAGCCUGAGCGAGUUGGUGAGCUUCUUGAAACUCAGAUGCGAGGAUUCGAAGAAGCAGCUAAUAUGCGCCUAGAUGAACUGGAGCGGCAGUGUGCGGUGGCAAAGAACGCAGCCAAAGAUUUGGAGGAGCUGAUGCAGAAAUUGAAGACGGAGCUGUCCAAGAAGCGCUUCAUGAGUCAUGCAUCCGCAUUGUUUUAG